AUGACCAAAAGAAUCAUCGUCACUGGAGGCUCGGGCAAAGCUGGUCGGUAUGUGAUAUCAGCGCUCCUGCAACAUGGCUAUGAAGUCUUGAACCUGGAUCUCUCUCCGUUGGCGGCAGACCUAGGCCAAAGUGUGCAUACACUCAAAGUCGACCUGACGGACAGCGGCCAAGUGUUCAAUGCGAUAUCGUCACACUUUCGCCUGACCCAGCCAUUCCGGGAGCCGUUGCUGCAGGCACCAGAUGCCGUGGUCCAUCUGGCCGGCUACGCCAGGAACAUGUUGGUACCGGACAACGAGACGUUCCGAGGCAAUGCGCUGUCGACCUUCAAUGUGGUUGAUGCAUCGGCAAAACUAGGAGUGAAGAAAGUCAUUCUGGCAAGCUCGGUCUGCGUCUACGGAGUCACCUUUGCAGAGGGAGAUAUCGAUUUUCCGUCCUUCCCCAUCGACGAGACAUUGGAUGUCAACCCCAUGGACGUCUAUUCCAUCACCAAGCUUUGCGGUGAGCGCAUCGGUCGCAGCUAUGCUCGCAAAUACGGCAUGGACAUCUAUGCCUUGAGAAUCGGAAACGUCGUGGCUACCGACGAGUACCAUGAAGUGUUCCGCGAUUAUGUCAACAAGCCCGAUGAUUGGAACGUCCACGGAUGGUCGUAUACCGAUGCCCGAGACCUAGGUCAGAUGGUUGCCCUCGGUGUCCAGAAGGAUGGCCUGGGAUUCCAGAUUUUCAAUGCGACAAAUGAUGAAAUCACAAACAAUUGUUCUUCGACCACAGAAUACCUUACAAGUCGAUAUCCCCAUACGCCUUUCACCAGAGAGAUGGGGCCCAGGGAAGCCCCCAUGAGCAACAAGAAGAUCAAAGACCUUCUGGGAUUCAGAGAAGAGCAUAAUUGGCGAAAGUACUAUGCAAUUCCAUCGACGGUCAAGUAA